UCCAAAUCUUUAUCUUGUCCGUCAAGUCCGACUCUCUGCACAGCAAAGAAGAGGAAACCUCACACGCGUGGGUGCGUGGCAUAGAAAACAACACCCCAGAGAAUCAGACGGCCCAUCACCUUUUGUACCCAAAAUCCAUACAGUAUUCCCUCCUCUUUGUUAUUGGCGGGGACGUUUCAAAUUUGUACCCACAGUUUCCGAAAGCAGCUCUUAGUCUUAGCCGUGUGAAAAAAGGCAUCCUCUUUAGAUUCUUCAAAAGCAGCUCUCAUUUAGUUCUACUUUUCAACAGUUCUUUUCUCUACAAACUCUGUCUUCUUCUCUCACAUCUUCAAAAGCGCUUUUGUGUUAUUAUUUCCGUACUACGAGUCUCUCUUAGCGUGUUUGUAGAAGUUUUUAUGUCAGAUUCUUCUCUCUAGUAUUUUGAUUUUUUUUUUAUCUGGUGUGGACGGAAUCCUGAUUUUCCGGGGAGAAAGCGUAAUGGGGGACGACGGAAGCUCUGGUUCGCCGGAUGGAGGGAGUGAGAGGAAGCCUCCGAGGUCGGAGGAAGCACCGGAGAAUGGCGGAGGAGGAGAGGAGGUUCUGAGGGUGGAAGGAGACGGAGGAGUUGUGCCGAAGAAGAGGCGUGGGCGGAAGCCGGGGAAGAAGGCGGAAGUGAAGAGGAAAGGGAAAGGAAGUGGUGUUGGUGGUUGUUCUGAAGGUGGAGGAGGUCCGACGAGGAAGCGCGGUCGGUCUAAGAAGGAUGUGAAAACUGGGGAGAAUGUGGAUUUGGCGGCGGAGAAGGGCGGCGAAAAUGGCGAUAAAGGCGUGGGAAGUGGUGGUUCUGGAGAUGAAGGAGGUGGAAAAGCUGGAGAAGAUGUAGAAUCGGGAGAAAAUCAGGAUAUGCAGAUUGCGAAGGAGGGAGCAAAUGGUAGGGAAGGCCUUCAAAACUGUGGUCGUGAAGACGAAGGAAGUGAAAAAGCUGGAGAAGAUGUGAAAUCUGGGGAGAAUGAGGAUUUGCUGGCGGAGAAAAGUAGAGAAAAAGAUGAGAAAGGCAAAAGUGGUAGUGGGAAUGAAAGUUCAGAAGCUCAAGAAGAUUUAAAACACGUGGAAAUUGAGGAUGUUUUGAUGGAGAAAAGUGGAGAAGGAGGUGAGAAAGGCAAAGAAACUAAUAGUUCUGAAAAUGUUGGAGUCUUGGUGAGGAGGCGCGGCCGAAAACCAAAAAGUGUGAUAUUGCAGGAGAUUGAGCAAAAUGAGAAUGGGAUAGAGAGGGGUGUUGAUGAAAAUGGAGGUGUUACCUCAAGGAGGUGUAGCCUAAGGCCAAGAAAAGAAGUGAAAUCAGUGGGAAAUUAUGAUCUCCAGAUUGAGAAAGAUGAAGAAGAUGGUGAAGAAAACGUAGAAAGUGGGGUUUCAGAUGAUGGAGUUGCGGUAAAGAAGAGAGGUAAAAAAAAGGUGAAAAAAGGUAGGAAAAUGGGUGGCAUUGGUGAUGAAGAUAAACAACCUUCUGUGAAGAGGCAACGGGGAAGAACUAGAACAAAGAAGGAAGAUUUUGGAGACAAGGAUUCAAUGGCAGUGAAAGGUGAAGAAAGUGAUGAUUUAGACACUGAAGAUGGUGAUGAGAUGACUCGAAGAGGACCUAAGAAGAAGAGAGGGAAAAAGAGUACAAAAGGGCCUGCGGUUCCUAAGAAUGAUAUGAAAACUGAGGAUUUUGGAAAUGAAAAUGGUGAAGAAAACUCUUCCAAGAACGAGACUGAGCCAAGGACAAUCACACAGAAGAGAAAGAAGUCAAAAGAUGAAGCAUUGGGGAAGUUGGAUGAUGAGAAGGAGAAAGAGCCCUCAGAAAGGAGCUUGAUGAGUGAUGGUUAUUGCCUGAGGGCUCCCAAAGCUCAGUCUUCAGUACCUCAACAACUUUCACGUAAGGAGAAGAUGGAUCCAAAAUGGAUUGAAGAGGUGUCUUUAAUGUGCCAUCAAUGUCAGAGAAAUGACAAAGGAAGAGUUGUCCGCUGCCGAAAAUGCAAGAGGAAGCGAUUUUGUAUCCCCUGCUUAGAAACUUGGUAUCCUCACAUGUCAGAGGAGGCAAUUGCUGAGUCUUGCCCGUUUUGUAGUGGGAACUGCAAUUGCAAAGCAUGCUUAAGAUGUGAUGGAUCCCUUAAAAAAAUGGCUGAACUGGACUAUUUGAAAAUGAAGCUCAGUGAUGAGGAGAAAUUUAAGCACUCUAGGUAUUUGCUACAAGCAGUUGUCCCGUUUUUGAAACAAUUUAAUCAAGAACAGAUGCUUGAGAAGGAGAUUGAGGCUAAGAUACAAGGAUUAUCUCCAUCAGAGCUAAAGAUACAGCGUGUAGUUUGCAACAAGAAUGAGCGUGCAUACUGUGACAACUGUAGAACUUCUAUUGUUGACUUCCACAGAAGCUGUCCCAACUGUUCUUAUGAUCUCUGCCUUAUUUGCUGCCGGGAGAUUCGUGAUGGCCACCUGCAGGGAGGUGAGGAGGAAGUGAUUGUGCAUGUUGACUCCCCAGGACUAGGCUACUUGCAUGGUGAUAAGUCUAGAUUUCCUGAGUCUUCAAGGAGAAAGAGAAAAUUGAAUUUUCCUGCUAACGCUAGCCCUAAGGAUCAUGCUAAGUCAAUGUCUGGGUGGGAAGCAAAUAAAAAUGGUAGCAUCCCUUGCCCUCCAAAGAACUUGGGUGGUUGUGGGCAGGGACUACUAGAAUUGAGAUGUAUGUUAGAGGAAAAUUUUGUUUUGGGGUUGAUAAUGGAAGCAGAAGAAAUAGCAAGCAGUAACAAACUUAUGGAUAUUUCUGGAAACCCUCAACAGUGUUGCUCGUGUUUGAACUUUGCGGAUGACAAUGACACUGACAACAGUAAGUUAAGAAAAGGAGCUUCCCGAGAUGAUUCCAGUGAUAACAAUUUGUACUGCCCAAAAGCCACUGAUAUUCAGGAUGAGGAUUUAAAGCAUUUCCAGUGGCAUUGGCUCAGAGGCGAGCCAAUAAUUGUAAGAGAUGUACUUGAAAAUACAUCUGGUCUGAGUUGGGAGCCAAUGGUCAUGUGGCGUGCAUUUCGUCAGAUUACAAAUACCAAUCAUGCUCAACAUUUGGAAGUGACAGCCAUGGAUUGCUUGGAUUGGUGUGAGGUAGCAGUUAAUAUUCAUCAAUUUUUUAAAGGAUAUUCGGAUGGUCGGUUUGAUAGUUAUAAGUGGCCUCAGAUACUUAAAUUGAAAGACUGGCCACCCUCUACUUUAUUCAAGGAGCGCUUACCGCGCCAUCAUGCUGAAUUUGUUAGCUGCCUUCCGUUUAAAGAUUAUACACAUCCAUUUGAUGGCAUUCUCAAUCUUGCUGUCAAAUUGCCAAAAGGGAGUCUACAGCCAGACUUGGGGCCCAAGACAUAUAUAGCAUAUGGAGUUGCUCAGGAGCUGGGUCGUGGAGACUCUGUAACAAAGCUUCAUUGUGAUAUGUCUGAUGCAGUUAAUGUUUUAACUCAUACUGCUGAGGCAACCCUUCCAUCUGAUAAUCUGGCUGAAAUAGAAAAGUUGAAAGCACAGCAUAGUGCCCAAGAUCAGGAGGAGCAUCUGGAAGAUAGUCAGACAAAAAACCAAGAUGUUGAGGAGAAGCAACCGUCACCAUCCAGUGGUCCCCAAAGUAUAUCAGGAGGUUCUGAAAAGAAUGAAGAAGCAGAAGUGGGUCAAGAUGGAAGUAAGAAGAUUAGUGGACCUUCUGCAAUUUCAGGAAAUAGGUUGGCAGGGGGGAAACCUGCAGAGGGAGGUGCUCUUUGGGACAUUUUCCGUCGACAAGAUGUUCCUAAGCUGCAGGAAUAUCUUAAGAAGCACUUUAGGCAAUUCAGGCACAUACAUUGUUUUCCACUGCAGCAGGUUGUUCACCCUAUUCAUGACCAAACCUUUUACUUGACUCUUGAGCAUAAAAGGAAGCUCAAGGAUGAAUAUGGAAUUGAACCAUGGACUUUUGUCCAAAAUCUCGGAGAUGCAGUAUUCAUUCCUGCUGGUUGUCCUCAUCAAGUUAGAAAUUUAAAGUAGUCUGUGGUGUUUCUUGAGCUUUGGACUAGAAGUGGAUGGCAAAUUCUUCAACUUGAAACCCAUAUUGGAGUGGAGGAUGUUUCUAUUUAUUGCAGGAUAUAACAGUGCCCAAGGAAGUUUUUGCAUGGGACCAAGCUGAGUAUUUUCUAUUCAAGUUCAUCGUAUUAAAGUUUGGUCAAGCUUUAGCUAGUUCAAAUUGGAAUUGGAAAGUGUUGAAUUGGUGAAGGAUUUUCCAAUGUUUGUGGUGAGAGAAACAGAAUUCUUCAGCAGGUUGAACUCUGUGGGUUGCUUGUGGGCUAUUGUAAAAUGAUAGAUGUGUUCAGGGGCAUGUAGAACAUGCGUCUAGAUGUAUUAGAGAAAUUCCUGGCACAGAAGAAACUUAUCUUUAGUAGUUCAGCUCUAGGGUGCAUGAUGUGGGGUCCCACCAUUGCCUAAACUUGUCAGAGGCGUUGUUGACUAGGCUUGACCCUUUAAAAGUUUAUGUGGUGUUCCUUGUUGCUUGGGUGAUCUAUAUGCCUUACCAUGCUUAUCAUAAUUUCCCUUAGUCUGUACAUUGCAGAUGGGAGAGAGAGGAUUAAAAGCUAUUAUAAUGCUCUCUAUAGCUGGUGGACUAGCAAUCAAUUUGUUAGUCCAAGCAGAGUCAAGCCCAAGACUAACGUACUUGCUGGUAGCAUAAUGGGAAACUAGUUAACUAAGAAUGAUUUUGAGGGUCUCUUAGAGUAUCAUGACAAUUUUGAGGCUUAAUUAUUACUUUCCAAGUAGAAGACAUCUCUUUCUUGGCUACAUUAGUUGGCCAGUCUGCUUGGAAGUGUCGAACCCACUACUAUCUAUGAAUUUGGUGGUUCAUGGUGGCUUUGUUCACAUAGGCCAUAUUGCAAAUAACUGUUUUUGUAAGAUAUCUGGAGCUUUCUUUUAAAUGAU